GCCCAUUAUAAUUCCUCCUAUCCACGGUUCUCCGAAGGUGCCGAUAGCGUCAGUGACAUCAAUCAUAUCUAUCUUGCAUACCUAUCUUAGUCUACAAAACCAAAUUCUUUGCUGGCGCGACCUUUAGCCGUUGCUUGUAAAACCUCUUACGUCAAGCCUUGUGCUCCUGUCCAGAAAUUGUUACUUGCAACCGUUUGCCUACAUAGUUAAUCCAGAGCCCACCCGGCGACGAACGCAAGCAAGCCAAGUCCUUUUCGUCUUUUUAUCGGACCCGUGUCACAAACUUUACGACUCGUGUCUGUCUACUGCACACCUGUCCGUCUUGGGUUGCGUGUGUUGUUGGAGGUUUCGGUAGACCUUGUCUUCACUAUAAAACGGGUUGACCUGCCAAAAUGGGGGACUCUAGACCUCGCAGAAAGCUCCCCGUCAAGCAAUUGGCAAUUCUGGCUGUGGCCAGGUUCGCCGAGCCGUUGGCCUUGACCUCAGUCUUCCCUUACUUGCCAGAAAUGAUAGCUAGUUUCGGAGUAGACAAAGACAGCAUCGCAAAAUGGGCAGGUUUAACGGGUGCCACGUUCAGCGUCUGCCAAAGUGUUUUUGCAGUUCCAUGGGGUCUGUUGUCAGACCGUGUCGGGCGGAAGCCGACAAUAUUGUUUGGCCUAGUGAGCACUAUGAUAUGCUUUCUUAUAUGGGGCAUGUCCACUACUUUGGCCAUGGCUAUGACGAUACGAGCCGUCCAAGGAGCCUCCAACGGAAAUGUUGGCAUCAUCCGGACCAUGGUCGCUGAGAUGGUAACUGAUAAAGAGCAUCAGCCGAGGGCUUUCUCUAUCAUGCCUCUCGUCUGGUCGAUCGGAAGCGUUUUCGGACCUGCAUUUGGGGGCUUCUUUGCCAGACCAGCUGAACAAUUCCCAAGUCUUUUUGGUCGUAUUGAAUUUUUCAAGCGCUACCCCUUUGCUCUGCCAAACAUUAUUGCAUGCUUCUUUUUCCUAGUCUCGGUCAUCACAGGAACCCUGUUCCUCAAGGAAACCUUGGCAAGCAAACGAGACACAGAAGACUGGGGCCUGAAGCUGGGUGAGAAGCUCACGCGGCCAUUCAAGUCACGAAAGGGGCCUCAGCACCGUCCCUCGUUUGUCGACGGAGAAGCAACGGCGCCUCUUCUACCCCGGCCGGCCGCUGCUGAGCCAGUCAACACCCCCACUGCCCCAGAGCCAAAGGCGAAAAUACGUGAUAUAUUCACGUACGCAACUGUUAUCAAUCUCAUAUGCUACACAUUUCUUGCUAUGCACUCGGUUGCUUUUGACCAGUUACUGCCCGUCUUCUUGCAUCACCCUCACCAAAAGUCAACCCCUGAGAAUACGAGUCUUCCGUUCCGCUUCUCAUCUGGGUUCGGACUGUCGUCGGACAAAAUUGGUGCAAUCUUCAUGGUUUACGGCAUCGUUUGCGGCUUGAUUCAAUUCGUCAUGUUUCCUCCCCUGUGCAACCGUUUUGGUGUUCUUAGAUGCUACAGAGCUGCAGCUCUCAUGUUUCCUGUUUGCUACUUUCUGACCCCGUUCACCAGCCUAGUGCACGGAACGUAUGGCCGUUACAUUGCCCUGAUGUUCAUCAUGCUCCUCAAGGGUUUUGCCGUCAUCAUCGGCUUCCCCUGCCUCACGAUCAUGCUCACGAACAGCGCCUCAUCACUGAGCAUCCUCGGCACACUGAACGGGAUCGCAACCACCACUAGCGGUUUUGGGCGAGCCGUCGGUCCCGCCUCUGCCGGCGCCAUCUUCAGCUGGGGUAUCCAAAGGGGCUAUGUGAUAUCGGGCUGGUGGUUCCUCGGCACGGUUGCGGUUGUCGGAGCUAUUCCCCCUUUCUUCAUCACCGAAGGCAGCGGCCCAUAUGCCGAUGCUCAGGGCGACGAGACCGACAUCGAUGAGGAUACCGUUGCGGAGGCUGAUCCAAUCCCCAUCCCGGAAUCGACGGCCGGGCCACUAGGACCACACGAGGCCGGCUUCCCCUCGCCGCCCGUUCCCAGCGAGUCGAGCAGGCUACGGGGACGCUCGCUGCCUAAAUCUUACGGGACUACACAAUAAAUCUGGCUCACCUGUGUCUUGAAAAUCUUCUGGCGCAAUAUCGAGAGCUACAUACGACUUGGGAAAGUGACUGUUUGCCUUUUAUAACACACCAAUGCGCGUAUUAUUUUUUGCAUGAUGCGAAAGCGCUCAUGAGUACCCGCUCCAUCUUUAGACUAUUCACGCGAUAUGGUUGAAGUCUGCUUCUCGGCAUACUAGCGUGUCCCUCCUUUCUUUUUGGCUUGUUUCGUUAUUCAUGCAAAGCCUUGCCAGUUUGACUAAUGUGUUAAAUGGGCAUCUUGGGAAAUGAAUACAAACAGCAUAUAGACAAGUUGCAUAGGUAGUUGGUAUAUUUGAAUAUUAUUAUGAUCGUUAGUUGUCUUUAAACCAGUAUGUAAUUCACCAAA